CACAUUAUAAUUCCCGGAGCCAGUCCUUGAGGUCCACCGAUAACCGGAAGCGAGAUGAUACGGAUGAGUUCCAACAGUACGGUUACCCUGCGCCUCAAAUAGGUGAUCCAGCUGCAGAAGAGUGGUCCCCCUGGAGCGUAUGUUCGACCACCUGCGGUGAGGGCUGGCAAACCAGGACACGCUUCUGUGUGUCGUAUUCCUACAGCACCCAAUGCAGCGGGCCCCUUCGGGAGCAACGGCAAUGCAACAAUUCAGCCGUCUGUCCAGUACAUGGGACGUGGGAUGAAUGGUCUCCAUGGAGCUUGUGCUCCUCAACCUGUGGGCGAGGGUACAGGGAUCGCACCCGGACCUGCAAACCUCCUCAGUUUGGUGGCAACCCUUGUGAGGGACCUGAGAAGCAAACCAAGUUCUGCAAUAUUGCACUUUGCCCAGGCCACUCAGUGGAUGGCAACUGGAACGAAUGGUCGAGUUGGAGCUCCUGUUCCACCAGCUGCUCCAACGGCACCCAGCAGCGGACGAGAGAGUGCAAUGGACCAUCGUACGGUGGAGCCGAAUGCCAAGGACAUUGGGUGGAGACCCGAGACUGCUUCCUUAGACAAUGCCCAGUGGAUGGAAAGUGGCAGGUAUGGGGUCCCUGGGGGAGUUGUACAGCCACCUGCGGAGGUGGGACUCAGAAACGUGAGCGAUCCUGCUAUGGCCCUUUCUUUGGGGGAAAUGUGUGCCAAGGUCCAAAAGAGGAAUUCAAGCAAUGCAAUGAAAAAAGAUGUCCAGAGCCUCAUGAAAUUUGUGAUGAAGAUAACUUUGGUUCUGUCAUUUGGAAGGAGACUCCUGCUGGAGAUGCUGCAGCUGUCCGAUGUCCCCGUAAUGCCACAGGACUGAUCUUACGGCGGUGUAUGCUGGAUGAAGAGGGUAUUGCCUAUUGGACACUUCCAACGUAUGUCAAAUGUGUUUCGAUUGAC